UCCCUGCUCGCCCUGUGCGGGCGCGGGGACAGCCACCUGGCCAACGUGGAGGAGAAGCUGAUGGACGACCUGCUGAAUAAAACCCGCUACAACAACCUCAUCCGCCCGGCCACCAGCUCCUCGCAGCUCAUCUCCAUCACGCUGCAGCUGUUCCUGGCCCAGCUCAUCAGCGUGAAUGAGCGAGAGCAGAUCAUGACCACCAAUGUCUGGCUGAAGCAGUGCUGGACCGACUACCGCCUGGCCUGGAACAGCUCCCACUAUGAGGGCGUGAACAUCUUGAGGAUCCCGGCCAAGCGCGUCUGGUUGCCAGACAUCGUGCUCUACAACAAUGCCGACGGGAUCUAUGAAGUGUCCGUCUACGCCAACGUAGUGCUCCGCUCCAAUGGUAGCAUUGAGUGGCUGCCCCCUGCCAUCUUCAAGAGCGCCUGCAAGAUCGAGGUGAGGCACUUCCCCUUCGACCAGCAGAACUGCACCCUCAAGUUCCGCUCCUGGACCUACGACCACACGGAGAUCGACAUGGUCCUGAUGUCUCCCACGGCCAGAAUGGACGACUUCACGCCCAGCGGCGAGUGGGACAUCGUGGCCCUCCCUGGGCGGAGGAUGGUGGACCCCCUGGACCCCAGCUACGUGGACAUCACCUAUGACUUCAUCAUCCGGCGCAAGCCGCUCUUCUAUACCAUCAACCUCAUCGUGCCCUGCGUGCUCAUCACCUCGUUGGCCAUCCUCGUCUUCUACCUGCCCUCCGACUGCGGCGAGAAGAUGACCCUCUGCAUCUCUGUGCUGCUGGCCCUCACCUUCUUCCUGCUGCUCAUCUCCAAGAUCGUGCCGCCCACCUCGCUGGACGUGCCGCUCAUCGGCAAGUACCUCAUGUUCACCAUGGUGCUGGUCACCUUCUCUAUCGUCACCACUGUGUGCGUGCUCAACGUGCACCACCGCUCGCCCAGCACGCACACCAUGGCGCCCUGGGUCAAGCGUUGCUUCCUGCACAAGCUGCCUACCUUCCUCUUCAUGAGGCGCCUCGGCCUGGACGGCAGCCUGGCGGGGGCCCCCCAGCCCGGGCAGCAGCCCCCGACUAACACCGAGGCCGCUGCCGGCUCUGCCAGCUUCUACAGCAACUCCAUGUACCUUGUGAACCGUGCCUCUGCGGCACCCAAAUCCCUGUCCGGCACCCACGCCGAAGGUGUCUCCAGGGAUUUCCGGCCGAGGUCCUCCAGGAGGUUCGGGCAGGACGUGCAGGAGGCGCUAGAGGGGGUCAGCUUCAUUGCCCAGCACAUGAAGAGCGACGAUGAGGACCAGAGUGUCACUGAGGACUGGAAGUAUGUGGCCAUGGUGGUGGACCGGCUGUUCCUGUGGGUGUUCGUGAUUGUGUGCAUCUUGGGCACCGUGGGGCUCUUCCUGCCUCCUCUCUUCCAGACCCACACACCUUCUGAGGGGCCCUAGGGUGCCUCCCAGCAUGUCCUGGGCCCCCGGGGUCCCCUGGGCGGGAUGACAUGUGCUGCCCAGUGGGCAGAGUUCUGCUCCCUCCUGGGUCAUAGCUGAUGAGCUAAACUGAUAUAGGACCAUCAGCAAUUGACCCCAUCAACCAGCCACAGCCUCGAGAGGUGCAGGAUGGGAACCUGCACUGUCCUCUCCAAAUGCCUUAGAGGGAGCCCUGAUGGGGUGGGGGUAGGGCUUCAGACAGGUGAAUUCCUCCCAUGCCAGACUUGGAUUAAGAUGAACAUCCAGCAGCAUCCUACUAUGUGCCGGGCCUCUCCCUUCAUCCACCCCCCAUGGGUGCCUUCCUCCACCUGUGUUCCCUGAGCUCUCUGCCUGCCUUCCAGCCCUGUGCACUGUUCCAGCUCCUCCCUGGCUCAGGGCCUUUGCACCUACUGUUCCUGCUCCCCAACCUCCUCCCCACAUCUGUGUUAGCCAUACUGUCUGCCACAUCUGUGUUGGUCAGGGCUUGUUCCUGUGGUCCUCUGCUCCAAUGUCAUCUUCUUCUAGAGGUCUUCCCUGAUCUCCCAUCAUAAAGUAGCCUCUCGCAUGACCAUGUCACAGCCUCAGGCCCCUCAGUACCAGCAGUCCUUGUCUGGUGGUUCCCUUAUCACCCACAUCUCACUCCUAGACUGCUUCAGAGAGCAGGGGCCUGGGACAGAGCCUGGCACAUAGCAGGUGCAAAAUAAAUGUGUGC